AUGGCGACCCGGGAGGAGCGCAUGCGCGACCGCAUGCGUGGCGCUGGACGACACAACGUCGGCGAAAUUGAUUUCGGCUUCGUCAUCCCUGUCGCCGAAGAUCCCCCCAUAGACGACGACAUCGACGACGACGACGAUGACGACAACGACGACGACGACGACGACAACGUCCAGCCGUCUUCGCCGACCGCACGCCGUGCCUCCAAUCAGCAGCAGCAGCAGUCAUUACGGCCAAUACCUAAUACAUCUGCGAAGCGAAAACACUUCGACAGCGACCGCGAUGUCAUACCUACCCUGCGAAGCUCUCCCCCUCCCCCAUCCGUCGCCCCUUCGACAGCUGCCCUAGACACCGCAGUCCCAGUCCAUUACCAACAACAAACCUCCCCACAAGACGAAGAAAUGCCCGACGUCUCCCCUCAAGAACCCUCUCCUUACGAUCAAUCCAUGCCUGACGCCCCCCCCCUUUCAGCUCCUCACCAGCCGCUGCGCUCCCCCCGUACUCACGGCACGCUCUCCAGCGUUAUCUCCCGCACCAAACGCCUCUCCUUCGACCCAUCAUCUCCCGUACGCGGCCCCGGCCCAGAAGAAUAUGAGGAGAUGGUGACCGAAAGCCCGGCCGACGCCCCGGGGAGCGGCCAGCGACGCCGGCUGCGGCUCGCUGCGGCCGGACAGAGGACGACACCCGUGGUCGGGUCCAGCGCGUUGCUGCAUAGGAUGCUGGCAGAUGUAGACCGCGCGGAUGCCGAGGCCGAGAGGUCCGGACAGCUGGGGCUGGAGACGUCCUCGCCUAUUGAAAGGCGUGUGGCAACGAGGAAGAGCGAGGUUAUGAGACGAUCGAGGUCAAGGUCGAUGGCUUCGGGAGAGUCACUUAGUGCCGGGACUGAGAGGAGAAGCCCGAGAUUGAACGCCAGUACGGCUGCGGGAAGUGAGAUGGAUGUGAAUGGGGAAGAGGGACAGCAUGAGGAGGUGGGGGAAGAAAUGGAAGAAGGAGAAGAGGGGGAAGAAGGGGAAGAAGAGGUGGUGGAAGAAGAGGUGGAGGGAGAAGAGGUGGAGGGAGAAGAUAAUGAACCUGGGUUGGAAGAAAGUGAUGAAGAGAAAGAACUGGGAGAGCCAGAAGGAGCGCCAGAUGAAGCGAUUGAGGCAGGUGCAGAAGCAGACCUUGGGGCGACGGAGGUACAAACAAGCAGCCCUCCAGCCGCACGAGAACGAGAAUCCGCGCUGCGGAGUCAAGAAGCACUCGUGGAAGGAGAACAAGAACAGGAAGAGGCCCAGGAGAUUGACAACGAAGAAGAGGCAGCGCAGCGACUGGGGAGGAAACGACCCCGUCGCACGUCACCAGCAGGCUCUCCUGAAUUGGAAUUGGAACUUCAAGAGGAGUCGCCGGCAGUCAAACGGCGCCGAAGAAAAGGGGAGCUCACGGACCCGGCACAGCAACAAGAGCCUGCCAGGAGAACGAAAAAGAGAGCCAGACCGGCAGCGGAACCUCAACCGCCAACUGCCAGCUUCCGGACCUCUCCCAGAUCCCAGCCUAAAUCACAACUUCGACCGUCACCCGCCAGGUCAUCGCCCUCACUCUCACCGCAGCCUGAGCCAGAACCACAAACCAAAGCGAAACCCCGGACUCAGCCUGCAGCUAAACCACCGGGGAAGCCAAAAACAAAACGAAAGCCCAGACCAAAGCAACCCCGAAAAACCGGCGGCGAUGGCGACGAGGAGGAUGCUCCAGAGGACAAGGGCUCAGUUCAAAUCACGGUCCAGCGCUUCACCAACAACGAUAUCCCUCAUGCCAAAGACAGCCGAGACGAGCGCGGAGAAGUGGAGUUGGAACCCAUCCCCUUCGCCAACGCCUCGGGGGUUAAUGCAAUCGACGUGCUCAGCAAGUUGUGCGAGGAGCUCAUCGAGGCGUACCUCGGCAAGCUGGAGGAAAAGCUGCAGGGUACGGGGAACGAUGAGGCAGGGAGGGCGGCGAGGAGAGAACAUAAGACGAUGUACAGGGCAUUGGAGGCAUUUGCGGAGGUGUUAAGAACUCGGCUGUUGGAGCAUACAAUUGCGGUCGAUACACUUCAUUCGCUGCGCAAGCGGCUACGCGCCGCGCAGAAGAAACGGCUAGCAUUGAGGGAACAGAUCCUGCGGGUGCGGGCUGAGAGGGAACAAGUCGCUCUGCGGAUGGAUGCGGUGCGCAUGAGGCAUGAGGCAGAGCGAGAGAAAGCUUUGCGGCACAUCUCCCUCUCCACAGCCAUGCAUGACAUCGACAUGGCGGUCGAGCAAGGGCGGGCGGCGCCCGAGCUGAGCGCCAGUGAGCAGAAACAGGCUGAGCUGGCCAACCUAGAGCUGUUAAUCAGCCGGGUGGCCGAUCAGGCAUGUUCGCGGAGCGACGGCGGCGGAGCAUUGAAGCAAAUCAAAGAGUUUAACGCCUUUCUGGAGCGAGCGGCGGCCGUGUUGGAACGUAGGGUGUAG